AGAGAAGAUAACAAUUAUCAUUGUAAGUUAGUAGUCCGGUUGCUCAAAUGUAAAACACGAUAGGUUCAGCAUUGUACAUAAGUACGUUGCGAUGUGGUGGAGCACGUGUUUAAGUUUAUGUGCUAUUUUGGCUAGCGUAAGGCCAGAUAGCACCGAUUCAAGAGAAGUCAAAAUAUCUCAAGGAACCGUGAAGGGGUAUAGGGAUCCCGAAGGUGAUCUGUUUGCUUUUUAUAAUAUACCCUAUGCUACGGCUCCAAGCGGAACGGCGCGAUUCAAGGCGCCGCUUCCACCACCGGUGUGGCUGAACACUUUCGAAGCAGUAGAUAAAGGCGUCAUUUGCCCACAGACGCCCCUUGGACCAGUACAUAGCAAUUUAACGCAACAAGAAAAUUGCCUUAUCGUAAAUGUGUUCGUCCCGGACACGGAGGAAAAGAACUUGCCUGUGGUGGUCGCCGUUCACGGAGGAGCUUUUCAAAUAGGAUACGGCAAUUGGGUCGAACUUAAAGAGCUUAUGAGGAUUAAUAAAGUAAUAGUUGUUGACUUUAAUUAUCGUCUCGGCGUACACGGGUUUUUGUGCCUGGGCACUGAAGACGCUCCAGGCAACGCUGGAUUGAAAGAUCAAGUGGCAUUAUUGCGCUGGGUCAACAGAAAUAUUGGCAGCUUCGGUGGAAACCCAGAUGACGUUACGCUGAUAGGAUACAGCGCAGGAUCUGCAGCAGUGGAUUUGUUGUUGCUCUCAAAAUCGGUACGAGGUCUGUUUCACAAGAUCAUUCUUGAGAGUGGAUCGAAUUUAGCACCGUUCGCGGUCCAAUUAGAUCCAUUAAAAAAUGCUAAAGAUUACGCUAAACAACUGAAGUUUGAAAGGUUUGAUGACAUAUACGCUUUAGAAGAGUUUUACAAAACAGCAUCGUACCAAAAAUUAACUUCCGAUGCAUUUAUAGAUAGACCUGACUCAACGUUUAUGUUUGUACCUUGCGUCGAACGUGAUGUCGGAGAGGAAAUAAUACUUGAUGAUGCUCCAAUUAACCUUCUACAAAAUAAACAGUACCCAAAAGUACCUAUGCUAAUUGGCUUUGCCAACAUGGAAGGCCUCAUGCGUAUAGAUCUCUUUGACGAGUGGAAGACAAAAAUGAAUAAACGAUUUUCGGAUUUCCUCCCUGCUGAUUUGCACUUCAAAAACGAAAGCCAAAAGAAGAAAGUAGCGAAAAUUAUCAAAGAAUUCUAUUUUGGUGAUCGUUCAGUGAACACUGAUGGCGUUUUGAAUUAUGUGAACUAUUUUAGUGAUGUUAUAUUCAUGACACCAGCCCUUAGAUCUAUUAAAUUACUAACAGAGGCUGGUCACGAUCAAGUAUAUUUGUAUGAAUAUUCUUUUGUUGAUGAAAAUGUUCCGGUGGUGCCGCAUACGGAUGUCCGCGGAGCGAAUCACUGUGCACAAACAAUGGCAGUAGUGGAUGGACCUGCUAUAGCGGCCAGAGAAGAUGUAGUGGAUACUGAAGAAUAUAGAGAAAUGAGAAAGACAAUGAGAACGUUGUGGAAUAAUUUCAUAACAACAGGCAAACCAGUUCCGGAAGGCUCAUCUUUACCGAAAUGGCCAUCUAUUAAUAAGGAUCUUUCACCGUAUAUGUCUCUAGGAAACAAAAUAGAACUAAAGGAUACCUUGGCAGAAGAGAGAGUGAAGUUUUGGGAUGGCAUCUACGAGAAAUAUUACCGUAUACCCCGCCCGCCAUCCCCACUUCCACCAAAACACACAGAAUUAUAAUCGUGCUUCAUCAUAGCGAGUACGGCUUUAUUUAAAAAUCUUUAGAAAAUAGUCUUCCGUUUUAUUUAAGUGAUCAAGUUCGCGUGACUAUUACAAACAUGCUCAAUCAAUUGUUAUACUCCCAAUUAUAUUUAUUUAAACAGACUAGGUGCGAGGGACAGACUUCUAGAACUUCACCAGUGAUUUAAUUAACAUCAGGUUGCUCAUUAACUCAUUCUGCCCUAUUUAUAUAAUUUUUGUUGACUUAUAGUUUAUAAUUUACUGUAUUCUGUUUAGUUAUUUGUUUAUGAUUAUUAUUGUUACCAAUUACUUGUACAAUGAUGAUACAAAUAUAAGUAUUAAUAUUUAAUGUUGUUGAAAACCGCCGACCUUCUAUCGAAAUUAUAAGUGAUUUCAUUCGGAA